AUGUGCCCGGACAACUCCAUGUCAGCGGGAGGCUCUACGGUGCUGACGGACUGCAAGUGCAACGCUGGUUACGUGUGGGAGAACACGACAUCAACUCCGGUCAACGGAACGUGCACGUCAUGCGAGGCGGGCAAGUACAAGGACGAGCUAGGGACGGCCACGUGUACUGCCUGUCCUGUCAACUCCACAUCGGAGGUAGGGAGCACGUCGCUAAGCAACUGCACGUGUGUCGGGGGAUACUACGGGUCGAUGGGGAACUGCACCAUGUGCCCGGACAACUCCAUGUCAGCGGGAGGCUCUACGGUGCUGACGGACUGCAAGUGCAACGCUGGUUACGUGUGGGAGAACACGACAUCAACGUGCUCGGCAUGCAGCAGGGGGACCUACAGGGGCGAGAACGACACCGAGUGUCUGGCAUGCGAGGCCGGGAAGUACUCAUCGACGGAGGGAUCACCGGAGUGUCAGAUGUGUCCGGAGCAUGCAAGCUCGCUUGCGGGAAGCAUGGAGCUUACAGACUGCAUAUGCGACGCGGGGUACACAGGGCUGAACGGGUCGAACUGCACGGCGUGUCCAGCGGGACAGUACAAGGCGAGCAACGGGUCAUCGCAGUGUGCUCCAUGCUCCGCAGGUACCUACAAUAACGCGACGGGGGCCACCGUCUGCUCGGGCUCGUGUGCUGAGACCUUCACGUCACCGGAGGGGAGCUCAUCAGAAGAAGCCUGCGGCUGCGUACCCGGGCUGAGUCCAGUCAACGGAACGUGCACGUCAUGCGAGGCGGGCAAGUACAAGGACGAGCUAGGGACGGCCACGUGUACUGCCUGUCCUGUCAACUCCACAUCGGAGGUAGGGAGCACGUCGCUAAGCAACUGCACGUGUGUCGGGGGAUACUACGGGUCGAUGGGGAACUGCACCAUGUGCCCGGACAACUCCAUGUCAGCGGGAGGCUCGACAGUGCUGACGGACUGCAAGUGCAAUGCUGGUUACGUCAGCAGCUCAACAGACUGCCGUUGUGACUACGGUUCGUACGGUGAUGGCUGCCUGCCAUGCCCUGUCGGCAAGUACAAGGACAACAUCGGGUCCGAGGCCUGCCAGCAGUGCCCCCCCAACUCUACUUCGAGCACAGGCGCUCGCCACAUCGAAGAAUGUGCAUGUAAUGCCGGCUUCUUCGGGGUAAACGGCGGAGUCUGCGUGCAGUGUGAAAGUGGCAAGUACAAGUCCGUCGGUUUGCUCUGUGGUGGAUCUGAUUGUGCACCAUGUCCCGAUGGUUUCAACCUCACAGUCUCAUCCUCCACAGGUAGCGUGAGCAACGUCACUAUAGAGAGCAGCUCCAGCGGUCGUCUCGUCAUCUCGCAUACGGCUGACAUGCUUGUCGGAGCCUUAUACCGCUACAGCUGGUGCUUCCUCAAUCCUCCCCAGGGUCAGGAAUCACCAAAUAUCUUCAUCGAGGCCUCCGCCUCCUCCCAGGCAGGCAUAAGCUUCCAUCCUGCCCUCAUGCUCAAGGCGCCUGGUCGUUCUGCUCCCCUCGCUAUCGAUGGUCUCUCGCUGCUGCAUGCGACGCAGAGCGAUCCGAGUCAGGUGAGAGAAAGAGCUUGA